AUGAGUUCACUUUCCUUUAUGCCUUCAUUAUUAGAGAAUAUCCUUUAUUUUCAAGCUGGGCUUGGAGUCCUAGCCAAUAUAUUUCUUCUUGUUUUCUAUGUUUUUAUAAUCCUAGGUCACAGACCUAAGCCCAUGGACUUGAUCUCCUGUCAACUGACCUUUGUUCACAUAAUGAUGUUCUUUGCUGGAGAGAAUUUUUGGCUUGCAGACAUAUUUGAGUCACUGAAUGUUGAGAAUGACUUCAAAUGUAAGGCAACUUUUUACACAAAGAGAGUGAUGAGAGGUCUCUCUAUCUGCAUCACCUGCCUCCUGAGUGUGUUCCAGGCUGUCAUGAUCAGUCACAGGAACUCCUUGUUGGCAAAAAUUAAACAUAGACUAAAAAAAUACAUGAUCAACACAUUAUUUUAUAUUUGGUCUUUCAAUUUGUCCUUCAGUAGUAACCUGAUCUUUUAUGUUGGUGGUUUUACCAAUGUGAGUCAGACCAAGCAGUUGAAAGUCACUAAAUCCUGCUCACUCAUCCCCAUGAACUACAUUGUCAGGAGCUUGAUUUUAACUGUGACAACUUCCAGGGAUAUGUUUCUUGUAGGAAUCAUGCUGACUACAAGCACAUACAUGGUGAUUAUCUUGUGUAGACAUCAGAGGCAAUGCAAGCAUCUUCAUAGCAUCACUCCUUGCCUGAGAGCAUCCCCUGAGACAAGGGCUACCCAUAUCAUCUUGCUGCUGGUGUUUUUCUUUGUGGUCAUGUACUGGGUGGACUUCAUCAUCUCAUUCACCUCAAUCCUGUUAUGGAUUUAUGAUCCGGUCAUCUUGAUUGUUCAGAAGUUUGUGGUAAAUGCUUAUCCCACAAUUACUCCUUUGGUACAAAUCAGUUCUGAUAAAAGAAUUACUAGGAUGGUGAAAAACUUGCAGUCUCAGUGCUACUAG